AUGUAUCCGAUGGAUCAGAAUAAUGGUGACAAAGACAAGAAACAGGUUGGUGAAAAUGACAAAAAACAAAUCACGACGAAGACAAAAAGUGAGAUAAGAGUUGAAGGCCUUGGGAAGCCUCUUAAAAUUCUUAAAAACCCAAAAAAGAAACCAGAUUCUGAUGAAGAAAAGACUUUAACCAUUGACAGGAAAUCAUCUGAUGAGAUGCAUGAAAAACAGAAUACAAAGUUGCCUAUCAAGGAACCUAAGGUAGAAAGCAAAGAAACUGAGAAUUCUUGCAAGCUCAAAGAUUUGUUGACUGAACCUGUAUAUACAAGGUUGCUAGAAUCUAAUACUGGACUUCAUUUGAAGUCUCCACAGGAAUUAACUGAGAUGGCAAUGAGAUAUUAUGAUGAAGUUGCUCUCCCAAAGUUGGUCUCAGAUUUUGGGUCAUUGGAGCUAUCACCUGUUGAUGGUCGUACUCUAACUGAUUUCAUGCAUACAAGAGGUCUAAGAAUACGCUCUCUUGGGCAAGUUGUCAAGCUUUCAGAGAAGCUGUCUCAUGUUCAGUCACUCUGUAUUCAUGAGAUGAUAGUAAGGGCUUUUAAGCAUGUUGUACGAGCUGUGAUUGCUUCUGUUUCUGAUACUGGAGAUUUAUCUAUAUUGAUGGCUGCAACACUUAACAUGCUCCUUGGGCUUCCUGAUUCUGAUGUUUCACAUUCUGCUAUACGUGUGCACUUUCUAGUCUGGAGAUGGCUUGAAGUAUUUCUAAGAAAGCGAUAUAACUGGGAACUUACAAUCUCAAACUAUAAUGAUAUAAGAAAAUAUGCUAUUUUAAGAGGGCUAUGUCACAAGGUGGGAAUUGAAUUGGCACCCAGAGACUUUGAUAUGGAUUCAAAUUUCCCCUUUGACAAAUCAGAUAUCAUCAGCCUUGUACCUGUGCACAAGCAAGUUGCAUGCUCAUCUGCAGAUGCACGACAACUUCUAGAGUCUUCGAAAAUGGCACUUGAUAAGGGUAGCUUUCAGAUAUUUGUGUCACUGAAGGCCAUGGUUCUUAUGAUAUGGACUUAUGGAGCCACAACUUAUCAGCAGAAGGCAUUGGACAUAAAUGAGAGGGAGCUUGGAUUGGAUCAUCCAGAUACAAUGAAGAGCUACGGCGACCUAGCUGUUUUUUACUACAGGCUUCAACAUACUGAAUUGGCUCUAAAGUAUGUGAAACGUGCGUUGUAUCUUGUGCAUCUUACUUGUGGACCAUCUCAUCCAAACACAGCUGCUACAUAUAUUAAUGUGGCUAUGAUGGAGGAAGGCCUGGGAAAUAUACAUGUGGCACUUAGAUAUCUUCAUAAAGCUUUGAAAUGCAAUCAGAAGUUGCUUGGUCCUGACCACAUUCAGACCGCAGCAAGUUACCAUGCGAUAGCUAUUGCACUAUCCUUGAUGGAAGCAUAUCCUUUGAGUGUUCAACAUGAGCAAACAACAUUACAAAUACUUAGAGCAAAGCUUGGUCCAGAUGACUUGCGUACUCAGGAUGCUGCUGCCUGGCUUGAGUACUUUGAGUCAAAGGCUAUUGAGCAGCAAGAAGCUGCUCGAAAUGGUACGCGGAAGCCUGAUGCAUCUAUUGCCAGCAAAGGCCACCUGAGUAUGCCUGAUCUCCUUGAUUUCAUUGAUUCCAACCAAGAUGGUAGAGGAAGAGAUGCUGAAUCCCUGAAGAGGAAGAAUCUGGGUUUAAUGGUGAAAGUGCAGUCAUCUCAAAACUUGAAUGUGGCAGAUUCUUUGUCCAAGGAUUCAGUAGCUACUAUUUCAGAUGAAGUGAAACAAGUGACUGAUGGUAGUGAUACCCAAGAUGAUGAGAACAUGAGUAGUCCAGGUGUUGAGUCAAAACAUGAAGAUGCUGUUGCCAAAAAGCAGUUAUUUGUUUCUCAACAAUCUAAAGGAACAGCAGAGCAAAAGGUUGCUUCUUUUAGUGAAGAUGUAAGAGAGAUAAAUACAGAAGCAGAAGAUGGUUGGCAACCUGUUCAAAGACCAAGGUCCAUCGGAGGUUCAAGCCAGCAAAUCAAGCAUCAACGCACAAGCACCUGGAAAACCUACAACUAUCAGAUGAAUGAUGUUCCUAGUGAAACUGUUCAAUCCAAGCCACAGUUUUCUUAUUUAAAUAAUGGGUAUUAUUUGCUUAAGAAAAAGAUAGUUAUUCCUGGAAGCUUUAAUGACAAUCUUAACAUGCAAGUUCAGUCACCAGACACCAGAUCUGGUCAGAAGGCGUAUAAGGCUGUAACUUAUCGGGUGAAGUCAGUGCCUUCAUCCACCAAUCCUGAGAUCAGUCAUAACUCUUGGAGUGCUGUCGAAAGAACGACUUCCCCAUUAGAUGCUCAUGCACCCUAUUAUCGCCAUGAUAGCCAGGUAUUAGAGAAUCAGAAGAACCUAAUAGGUGGUGUCUCUGAGCCUCGCAACAAUUUGGUUCAUAGUUUUAGUAAUUCUCCAUCAUAUAAAGAUGUAGCACUGGCACCUCCAGGAACAAUUGCCAAGAUACAUAGCCGAAAGUUUCAGGAGAAUAUGCCAUUGGAACAAGAGUUGUCUAUUGGUGGCAAUGCAUCUGAAAUAAAGGAAUCAUUUUUGGCCGAGGAACAUACAGAAAAUGCUGCAGAGCUAUCUGAGAUAUCUAACAUAACCCAAGAUAAGGACACUGUCCAGGAUGCGUUUUUAGACUCAGAUAAAAAAGUUGAAGUUGAUCAUGAAGAAGAAAGAAAGGAAGAUUGUGAAACAGAACAAUUACUAGAACCAUCAUCUUCUGAUUUGGAAGUGGCAUCUUGUAGUAGCAUGCUCACCAAGAAUAUCAUUGACAAUUGUGUAUCUAGCAAUGAGGUUCAAGGAGUUGAGCAAAAUGAGAAUCAUGAUCAGAAUUUGUCAACAAAUACAUCUGAUAGGAAAAAAUCUGAGUGUCCCAUCACUGCAGAAAGCAAAGAAGAUAAUCAUGACGAAGCCUCAUGUACCAAUGUUGGUAUCAGUUCUUACUCUAGUCUCCAUCAAUUCAAUUUCAAGAAGGUUCUCAUCCCUGAGAAAACAGGUGGUGAUUAUCCCACGAUGGAACUACCACCUUCUAAUUAUGAUGGGAGAGAGGUAUCUAGCAAGAAGCUGUCUGCAUCUGCUGCACCGUUUAGCCCUUUCCCUGCUACAGUACUUGGUCCUGUUCCUGUAACUGUUGGUCUUCCUCCUAAUGGUACAAUUUCUGCAGUUACACCAUGGCCAUUGAGUGCCCGUCUGCAUGCUUCACCCACGGCUGUAAUGCCAAUGGUGCCUCCUAUUUGUACCUCACCGCAUCAUCCUUAUCCUUCUUCACCUAGGCCUUCGCACAUUCUACGUCCCUUGCCAUUUAUAUAUCCACCAUAUACCCAACCUCAAGUCAUUCCAAAUACCACUUUUGCUAUGAACGGUAACAUAUUUCAUGGAAACCAUUAUCCAUGGCAGUGCAACAUUGGUGCAAACGUUCCUGACUUUGCGCCAGGAUCAGUAUGGUCUGGUUCUCAUCCUGUGGACUUCUCAUCUUUGCCACCCAUCAUUAGUCCAACUUCUGAAUCCGUGUUGGAACCAAUUAUAACAUCUCAUUUAAGAACUGAUGUGAGUCUAGACCUUCCAUCGGAUAACAAUACUGAAGAAGGGACCAAAACAGAAGAGAAUAAUGAGAUAUCCCAGAUUAUAGACAUUUGUAAACCGCUGGAUGGUAACUGGUUAGAGAAACGGGAAUCUGAAGAAUCUCACAGAAAUAAUACAAAAAUUACCGACUUGGAAUCUGAGACGGUUUUCAGACAAGAUGCACAGCAUAGUGGUGGAAGGCAUGUCUUCAGGAGUAGCAAAAAGUAUGAGGGUGAGGGAAGCUUUAGCAUAUACAUCAAGGGUAGAAAUCGCCGUAAACAGACACUAAAGCUGCCUAUAAGUUUGCUCAAUAGGCCAUAUGGAUCACAGUCAUUUAAAGUUAUAUAUAGCAGAGUAGUAAGAGGAAGUGAUGUUAUAAGUGCAACAGAUAUAUCUUCCAGUGAAAAUGUUACUUCCGACUAGUCACGAGCAAAGAACACUACAAACUUCAAAAUGGGCAGGAAAGAAUUUUUUUUAUUGUUCAAGCCACAUCCAGGAGGACGUGACUGAAAAAUUAGCAAUGUUGAUAAUUUAGUUAUUGCUAUUUUUCAGGCAACUGAUAUUUUUUAUUAAGAAGCCAAGAUUGAACGUUCAGGAAGGUAAGCGACAAAUCUCCUCAUGGUCCAAGCCAGGUAUUUCUUUGUUAAUUAGCUUGACAAUGUUACAUAACUUGCAGAUUUAUUGCUCAUCAAUGCACCUCCAUAUACUUUAUUGUCAAUAACAUCUCUUUUGCUUUAAUUUUGUGUUGGUUUCUCAAGCAUACAAUUAAUUUAUCCUGUUUAACAUAAGUUAUUAGGAAGAAACUUUGUUUGUGAACUGAUCAUGAUUCACCUUUGAAAUCCCCAAAUUUUUUAACCUCGAGUAUCUUCAGUAUUGAUAUCUCACACAAUCAAAAAGCUCAUAGUAUACCAUCAUGCAUGUAAUUUAUAAGCCUGACUCGAUAUUUUAGUUCCGGUCUAGCCAUUCCAAUUUCCAAGCAACCGGUCAAGAGAGACAGACUGAGCGGAUAUUUUCAGGCUUCCGAAGAUGUUUUGAUAUGCAUGAAACUAGUAUCAACAUCUUUUUGAGGCGCAGAUUUUUGCUUCUAUUGUAGCUUUCUCUAAUUUGCAAUCUUGAUAAUCAGAUUGCUGGAGUUAAGUUGUUUUUUCUAAUUACCUCUCAUCUGUUGCAAAUUCCAGGGUAUGGCUUACCAUCAAAUCCAACCUAAUUCCUUUUAGUUAAGUCUUCCACUUGCUAUGUUUACUGCUGUUGAUCUAAUCAUCUAUCACACGUCUUGAGUCUCUGGGCUCAUUGGAUUUCCAGUCUACCAGGGAUUAUCAGUUCAUUUGUUGAAGCAGUACAACAUUUAAUAAUGAUGUUAAAUCCGAUUAGAAAGCUGGGUUGUGCAUCCUACCUCUUAUGAUUUUGUUUUUAUGACAUUAUCUACAACCAUUUUCUUGCAUUCUCAAAUUAGAGCAGAUUUAUCCGAAAAUUAGACUUGUAAUAUAGCUGCCACACUACCUUUUUGGCAUUCCAGUACAGACUAGGUAGAUUGCUUGAAUUGUAAUGUAUGCCUCUGUUAUUCAGUAGUGACGCUCAAGCAAGAUUUAUGUGUGGUCGAGUUUUCAACUUGCACAACAUAUAUAAUUUUUUUUUGUAUGUUGUUUGUCAUAGCUUUCUAGAUGUAUGUAUAUCAUUUGCCAUCUUUUCAACUCAACAUUAAAUGCUUUCUGAGUAGAGUGUGGGGUUAAUUUGUGGUGUUUGAAUGAAAUUGGGUGAUUGAUCAUUCACAAAAAUAUUUUUGCAUGAUCAUUCCUAGUAUUUUCAUUUCUUCUUCCGUACAGGCUGAUGAAGACCAUUUCGUCUGCAGGUUCACAACAUAGAUUGUUGAGAAGGCUAUGAAGUUCCAAGUCUAGAGAGGAUGGAAAUAGCGUAGAACUUUUGACCAAAUCAUUAGAAUUAGGUUGAAACUAUUAACCCAUUUUUUCUUCUCCAUUG